AUGGAUCCAAUAAAACGGCUAUUUUAUACUGAACAAUAUAAGAAACAAAAUAGAAAUAUUAAAUUGGUUGAAGAAUUCAUUCCACUGCCAAAGAAAAAGUCAGUCACACCGAAAUUCUAUUCGAAAUACGAGGGACUAGGGUCGGAAGAGGCACCAGCAGAGUACAUAAAAUUGAUCGAGAGGUUCACUGAGUGGGUGCCGCAGGACAUCUACACGUAUGAACCACCUACGGCGAAUAUGGAUUAUGGAUGGUUCAGCCAGCCGUUAAUCCCCAGAUCCACAGAUCCGAGACUUCACUUUCCACUGAAACAAUGUGAUGUUGUCAAAACUGAAAUUAGAAUUAGAGAUACGGAUAAAGGCCUGCCAAGGGAGAAAUUCGUGGGAACUCCUUUUUAUCUCUAAAAAAAAUUAAAAUAUUUAAGGGAGAGUCGGGCAAAAUGGGACAUUUCGAGAUCUUCUCUAAUUACUAAUAUCUCCACCUAUAAAAGAAGAUUGACAAUUGACAAUUGGAAAAGAUCUCAAUACGUCUCAUUUUGCCCGACCCUCCCCUACACAUUUAAUCGAAAAUUGUCAAUCUUUAAAACCAAUAAAAUAAAAUAAAAUAUUUUAUUUCAUGA